GAUGGUGGACAAUGUGCACUUCCAGCUUAUAACGGCUAGUGAACAGUGAACUGAACUGAUCCAGUAAACUAAACGUGGAACUAGGUAGCUGCAGUUCUGGUUGUGUCACAUGCAAAACAUUUGCUUUCUGGAUAAGACUGGCUACUUUUAACGUUUUUGAAUUAUGCAGCAAAGUUACAUAAAUCGCAGCGAAUCUGCGGUUGUACAAUCUUCCUUUGAAAAGUACAAGUCCAGUAGACGAGUACGUUUUGGUCUGUUUUGGGCUUUGAUGAAUUUGUUCUUAGCUGCAUUUGCCAUCUCUGAAAUUCUAUACGGCACGGUGCUUCAAAGUUUGGAUGUGACCUAUCAAGCAGCAUUUUGGUAUAUUGAAGUUAUUGUUGCCAUCUGGUGCUCAGUGAGAUUUCUUUGUGAGAUCAUCAUAUUUCUUUCAUGGCUGAUGGAAAAUCCUGUCUUGCUGACACCACAACAGUACCAACUACUUGCAGUAAAUCCUAGAGAUUCACGUUUUUCACCAGUGAGUCAAAAAAUCCCUGAGGAUUCUCAGAAUGAACAUAGUCCUUCCAGAGUGGCAUACACAAUGUCACAAGUGAUGCCUAUAUCAUCCCCAUCAACAGUUACCAAUCCCUGGAGUAUAACAUCGAGCCCUUUACAAUCCAUUUCAAGAAUGGACUCUAACUUUGGUAUCAUGACUGGUAGUAUGCCUGCAAGUCGUCAUAGUCCUGGACAUUAUUCCAACAUGUCUGUAUAUCAAACACCAACUGGAAACAUGACGCUUAGAAACAGGUUAAUAGCUGGAAACAACAGUCCUUAUUCUCCAAGCAAAUUUUCUCCAGUUCUCUAUAAUGAUAUCACAAUAACUUCAUUAGAUGCAAGUCAUAUGGAAAAGUAUCCAUCUCCCAGUAAUUCACCAUUCUCUGAUGAUCGUAUCAAGAAUGUUGAUGCAUUGAAUAGUUAUUUGCAAACAGAGGAAUAUAAACGAGAAAUGUUACAUCGAGAUGGGUACUCAAGUGCAAAUACAAGUGGUCUCAUGAGUAUGUCCCACAGUCCAUAUCAAUGGUCUCCUUAUAGCUCGUAUGCUGAGUACAGUACACCACUCUCUGUUUAUAAAAUUGGAACUAGGAGUCCACUUACAGCAACUGCAAAAGACGAGGACGAGUUUGGUCAUAUGAGCCCUCAAGCAGAAGAGUUGUGGUCAAAGUUUGGGGCAACAAGGCAGGAUUUAGAUGUUUGGACUGAGAACCUACGAAAGUGGAUCAGUCAGACAGUGCUUUGCAAACUCGUGAAAGAAAUUGACGAGAUCAACGUUGGUUUGCAGAAGAUGGGAUCCUCGGAACUGAAAAUUGGAUCCAUCAGCCUUGGAAGUUUACGUCAAGUAUCAAGCAAUAAAGCUGAACAUGUCCCAACGUUGGCUGCAGUUUUACCUUACUUGGAACUAAGUUAUAACCAAGAAUAUCUAGUCAAGAGAAUUAAAGAACUUGGUCGAGACAGUUGUAUGGGUGCUUACCGCUGGAAGUCUGGAAGUGACUACCGUGGUCGCUGUUGGGAUCAGGAUCUUCCAACUGAUGCACAGAUUGUCAUGCACGUGUUUUGUACAUAUAUGGAUUCCAGGCUUCCUACUGACGCUCGAUUUCAAGAUGGAAGAACCUUUACUGGAUUGUAUUUUUUAAAGAAUCUUGAUAAACCAGAAUCCAGAAAGCGGGAUCUUGCAAUUCAUAGAUUUCGUCAGAAUCCGCCACACUUUAAGGUGAUAACUGGCGAUGAAGUGUAUGAUGUUGGCAAGGGCCGAAAUAAUUUGUUUCACAGUGUUAUUCUAUUUUUAUACAUGGUGAAGAAAAAACAGCACGGCAUGUUAGGGCGAGUAAACCUUGGUUCGUCUGGUGUAAAUAUACUGGGAAUAUUUAACAAGAGAUGACAGAGUGAUAUUGGAACAGUAGAGGCCAUCCUGGCGAUCAUCGAUCAUUGACUUCUGCGUGUUUUCCGUCAAGAACUAAAACAUAACAUUCCCACGUUACCUGCAGGGAGACUAUACAUAGCUUGACUCUUGAUUAUGUAUUAAGUCAGUCGCUUGUUAUAUCGACAAUAUACGAAUUAAAUAAGAAGAGAAAAUAUAACAUUUUGUUUACUAAAACGAGAUGCAAAAGGGGUGAACGCAUUUUUAGUUUAGGGGCCACCUCCACCUUUUUUUUCCAAAACAUGUAAUUGUU